UUGAAAGGAAGUGAAAACGCAUGCAGAAGGCAAUUCAGUUACUGAAACUACAAUGUAGCAGUGCUGGAUUGCUUUUUUUGUACAUGAAGGAUGGACAGCGCUGCUCUGCUUUUGAUCCUAUUGUUGGCAGGUUUAUCUCUUGCUUCAAAUUCCACCUGUCGCUCCUCACAUACACCUGAUGACAAGGAUAUACAAUAUACUACCAUUGAAGGGUACAUAGACAACGAUAUAUUUCUCCCCUGUUUUUUCAAUAUAACACUGAUAUCCCAGGCAGAAUGUAAUGAUACAGCUGUAAUCUGGAGUUAUCUAAACACAAAUGUACACCUACUAGAAUUUAAACUCCAAUCAUCUAAUGUGCAAACCUGGGGAAAGUGGAAACAACAGCGUAUAAUGUACGAUAAAAGCAAGAACGGGAACUUUUCUAUAAUAGUUUCAAAUGUGGAUUUGGAGGUCACUGGAAAUAUAUCAUGCACCUUAUAUGAUGGAAUUAACUAUAUAAUGGCAAAGAGAAUACUUCAAGUGCUCAUCAAAGAGAAGGAUCUUGCAGAAGACUUGCUGUUACCUCUCACCAUCGGCGGUGGCCUCUUGUUUAUACUGGUUGCUGUGGUUGUGGUUGGUGUUUUGAAGAUCAGUGGUCGCAGAACUCAAAACUGUGAAACACACACAGAUACGGCUAUAUAUUCUACAAUAAUAUGUGAUCAAAGAGUAAUGAAAGAAAAUGAAAUCUAUGACAAGAUUUGGCAUGACUGAAUACUGCAGUAAAUUAUGAAAACUAUGAAAUUAUGAAUUUAUAAAAACAAACAGAAAAGAACAUUGUAUAAUGCCUUUUUGGACCAUUGUAACACAUGAAAAACUCAUACUGUAAAUACAACAAUAAAACAACACUGAUACUUCAGAAUGUUGUUUCUAUUUGCUAAUAAUAACUUAUGAGGCAUCUUCUUUUCCUUGUGGUUCU